GGCCCCCUGUUGCCCCACAGAGCGGUCCUGCCCCAUAGGCCACCCAUCAGUAGGCCUUGCAAGAUCUCAUGGGUGUCUGUCUCCUGAGUGCAUCCAGUGCACGACCCUGGGCUUGGGGAUUAUUCUGGACCCUUCAGGCCUGGAGAGGGAGAAGCCAUCUGUCCCCCCAGGAGCUGGCACGGUUAGUACCUAUAGGAGGAGGCUUCUCUGCUGCCCUUGCAGCAUUUCCACCAGCAAAGUGACCUCUUGCUCCCCUUUCUGGUGCCGGCAGUUUCCUGAGACCGUGUGGUGACAUCUUUCAGGCUGUGGCCAGAAGUAAGGGCUCAUGAGCCUCCUCAGCUUUCCUUUCCAGGGGCUCCUGGCUAUUCUCGCGCCUUUGGCGUCUCGCGUCGCAGGACUAACUCUGUAAAACGGCUUGCUCUGUUUUUUACUGGGAUCGAAUUGAACGUAUGGAUCAACCUCGGGAGGAAAACCUUCGGGCUAAAUGCUGUGCCGUCCUUGGCGAGAGGGGAGCGUGCACCCCGUGCGCCCCGUUCUACCCUCGUGAUUCUGGAGGGCUCCCCCGUGGAACACGUUCCUGCACAUGCAGUCCUCGCUCGUUGCUGUUGCGAAAGCCCCUCUCAACCCCGCGGCCGCUGGCCCUCGUCAUGCGGAGGAAGCUUUCCACCCUGCCGGCUGCCACUCUGCUCAGCUCUUUCCUCCAACAUGCUGGAAACUGAUGGACAGGGAAGAAGCCCCCAAGGACCUCGUGCCCUGGGGUCCGUGUGUCAUGGAGGGUCCCGCAGGGCCGGGCCCCGUGUCCCACAGUCCAUCACAGGGAUCUGCACGCGCUGGCAGAGGCGUUGACGGGACGGGAUGGGACGGCGCCCCCUGUGGACGGCCACCUAGAUGAGCCAGCGUGCAGGGACACCUGCCUGGGGUGUUCAUGAGGCAUUUCCCGACCAGAGGCACAAGUAGGCACAAGAUGCAGCUUGGCCAUUUUCUCUCACAUGGAACCUCCAGCUCCACUUUCCAAAGCCAGUGUGUACAUCGUCCCCCAGCUUGCUGGAAACUCCUUCCCUGCCCUUCCCCCUGAACCUUCACUGGAGGAGCAGGCGCUGUGUCCUGAGCGUGGCGGGCACCCUGGGCCAUGGCCCUGCGCCCUGAGCCCGCGGGCGGCCGGCGCGUGUCACCAUAUCGUGGGCGGCUGCAGGGUGCGCCUGGCUGUCCCCUCGCGCGCCUGGAGCGCCUGCGGGCCUGCCGAGGCCACGGCGAGGUCCUGCGGGUCCACGAGUUCUUCGACCGCAGCCCGUGCGCCUCCCGCGCCACCGCGGCGCUGGCCUUGGGCGCGGGGCCUCCGGGGCAUCGACGAGGGCGCCUGGGGCGCUGCUGCCUCCGCCGCCGCCUGCGCCGCCGCGAGGAGGAGGCGGAGGAGGCGGCCGAGGCGCGCGGGGCCGCGGGGAGACCAGGGGGCGCGGGGCACGGCCGGCGCCUGCGGGACCCGCUGGACGACCCGCGCUCUUCGCCGGCGUGUCCGUCGCCUUCGUGGCCGCCACCGGUCGGCCUGUGCCUGGGCACCAUCCACAUCCGCGCGGAGGAGAAGCCGGGCGAGUGUUCCCCCAAGUGCCGCGGCCACUUCGUGGGGGAGACCGUGUGCGUGGCCUGGUUCUCCUUCGAGUUCCUGCUGUGCUCACUGCAGGCGGAGAGCAAGUGCACCUUCCUGCGGUCGCCGCUCGACAUCAUCUACAUCCUGGCCAUCCUGCCCGUCUACGCGUCGCUCGUGGGGUUGGUGGCCGGGGGCGCGGGCGCCGUCGCGGGGGGCGCGGCGCUGCUGGAGCUGGAGCGCGCGGGGCUGGGGCUGGGGCUGGCGCUGCGGCUGCUGCGGGCACUGCGCGCCUCGCUGGGGCUGCGCUCGCUCGUCACGGUGCGCCGCUGCGAGCUCGGCCUGCUGCUCCUCUUCCUGUGCGUGGCCAUGGCGCUGUUCGCGCCGCCCGUGCACCUGGGCACCUGGGCACCUGGCAGCGCGAGCUGGGCGGGCGCACGUCGCGACUUCUCCAGCGAGCCGGCCAGCUACUGGUGGGCCGUCAUCUCCAUGACCACCGUGGGCUACGGCGACACCGGGCAGGCGGUGGCGCUCAGCAGCAUCCUCAGCGGCAUCCUGCUCAUGGCCUUCCCGGUCACCUCCAUCUUCCACACCUUCUCGCGCUCCUACUGCGAGCUCAAGGAGCAGCAGCAGCGCGCUGCCAGCCCCGCGGCCCUGCGCGAGGACAGCACGCGCUCAGCCACCGCCACCGCCACCGCCACCGCCACCGCCACGGAGGGCAGCUGGCCGGGGCCGGGCGGCGCGGGUCAAGGCGGGGUCCCCGUGCCUGGGGUGUACAGGACUGCGCCCCGCCAGUAGGAGCUCGGCCCUCCCUCGCCGCCCCGCCCCCUCUGGAACCCUUUGCUUCUGGCUCGGGCGGGGGUGAGAGGCGCCCCUGCACCGGCAGUCAGCCCGUGCCCUUCUCUCCUACUUCCCUUCGGAUCCGACUCCGCCCAGAAACUCCCAGCGAGUAGGGGAAGCCACAGGCCACACCUGGCCCCAGUGGAGCCUCAGCCGCCGUCCUCCGUGGCCACGGCGGGCCCAGGCGCGGCACCUCAACACGUGACAGACACAAGGGGGACGUGAGCACAGCCACCCAGCUCGGGGUGGGGGGGCGGCCCUGACCUCUGACCUGCCCCCUGCACUAGCUCCGGGGUUUUCCUGGAGGCCUCCUCACUCGUGCUCCCCUGAAAACGCCUCCGCGGAGCCCAAGGUGUGCCCAAGGUGUGCAAGCUGGCCUCGGGCCCUUCCCUGGGGUCGCCUCCACCAGGGGAAGGGGGAAGGGGGCAGGAGCCCGACGCAGCUCCCGGAGGCCUGUCCUCACCAAGCGCCAGCAGAGUCUGCUGGAAGCCCAGAUGGCAGGAACUUCCCAAAUCAUGUCACUUUGUACUUUUUCAUUCUAAAGAGCAGAGCCAGGACACUGGAGACACUGCUGCCAUGGCCGCGGGGAGAAGCGCCUGAACCACCCCAGAGGGCCCCCCCUGCGCCCCCCUGCCAUCCCCCACCGAGGGUGAAGCCAGAGCCAGAGAGGCUGAGGGGGUGCUGGGGGUGGCCUUGCCCCGAGGCCAUUUGUUAGGACGCCGCUGUUGCCCGAUAAACCACACCACUCCCCUGCCUCUCCAAGUUCCUUGGGCCAAACCAGCGUCCACCCCAGGCCGGGAGGGCUUUCCCGUGCUCACGGGGACUUGGCAGGUGACCCGGUGGGACACAUCUGCCUGCACCAAACCCUGCGAGCACAGCCCGCAGUAUCUAGUCCCACGGCAGAGCCCCAUCCCCACACUGUGCCCCCAGGCCAGGGGUUCUUGAGGACCCAGGGCUGGAUCUGGCAGGAUUCAAACCCCAAGCCCCAGCUCCACAGGCGCACACUCCUCUCUCUCCUCCCUGCAGGCGCUGGAGCACCUGGGCUCCGCCUCAAGUCUGUAGGGACAGCAGGGAAGCUGACUUCACCAAGAUCAGAACGGGCUGAGGCCCUGAACCACAGGGAGGUGAAGGCUGUGUCCCCCGCCCCCCCACCCCCCCCCAUCGAUCCCGCUCAGAUGCUCACAGCACCUGAAGCAGGAAGGGAUGCAGCCUCACUGUCCUGGAGGGACCUGGCCUCACAGGAGCACCUGCAGCUUCUCCUUGCAGCCCACUUCCUACAUCCCUUGGGGCAGGUCCCCAGCUCCCUGCUGCAACCCCACCUGGAGCCAAGGCCAAAGGAGGAGCUGCCAGGAGAGAGGGCCGGGGGCCGGGGCCACUGAGUGCAGGCUCCAGGCAGAUGGGACCUAGGGCUUAGCGGCGCAUCCUCUGAUGUGCUGGGUCGGCUGCCAGCCCACAGGGUGGACCCGGGUACCCAUACACCCCAUGGUGACCGCGCUCCCACAGUGACGGCAUGCGGCUUGCUCAAUGCCUGCUACCUGGUGACAUGGCGGGCUGCAGGUGCCCAGGGGAUGCUGUGCUCGGAGGCCACACUCAGGGCAUCUGAUCCCCUGCUCCUCAACUGGCAGGGCUGAUGCCCUCCAGGGCAAACUGCAUUUCCUAAGUGUCACCAGGAAGACCUCCAGGAACACCCCGGGGCGUCCCUCCAAGGAGCAGGCCAGUGUGGGGGGACAGCCUGAGGAAUCUGCCCCUGUGCCCCUCCUCACUGUGGCUGCAGUGGCUCUGACACCACCCAGAACCCCCAAGGCCCGCGAGCCCUCCAGGACGCACCAGGACGUGCACCACGGGGGGAAGCACACAGACCAGCCCCCCUCACAGGCCGGGCCCCCUCGGGCGGUGGCCUCACUGUCCCAGUCUGGUCGGGGGCCCAGGGACUUGCCAGGUCCCUGCUGACAAGAUGUACUAAAACAGGUAGGGAGGCCUGCGUGUGGUGCUGAUGCACAGAAGCAGGGCGGGAGGCAGGGGAUGUGGUCUGCGAACAGGACACGGCAACCCCCAAGUCGGCCCAGGGCAUCACUGGGGGGACACGGGCUCUAACAGCUGUGGGCCUCGGUCCACCAUGCCCCGUGAGCUCCAGAAGGCAUUAGGACUUGGGCCUGCGAUGCUCAGGGGCAGCAGGCACCCCCUGGGCCUCAGGGCUGCUGUCCAUCUCGGCCCAACUGCCCCCCCCACACUGAGCCUGGGGCCCCACUGCCAUCCCACCCUGGCAGGGGUCUGGGCUUCCCCCACAUCAACUGCACACCUUCCACCCCGCCUCAUGUGUGCACAGGGCUUCUCUGCAGCUUGAGCUGCGGCCACGUUCACGGCCAUCCAGCUGCUCUGGGUUCCUGGCAGCCCCGGGGGCGGGCGGCACCUGGUCCCUCACCCACAGGCGGGGCGCUAUCCCCACUCAGUCCCAUCCCAGAGGCUGCCCCAGGGGAGGAAGGGCUCGUCCCCCUUGUCAUGCAGUUACUGGGCCUGGUGCCACCCAACAGGCUGCUGUGUGCAGAUCCAGGCACGGGCCCUCUCAGCAGGGGGGAGCACAGGUGUCCCCACUCCACCUCCCUGCUCCUCAGCAGAGCCUCAGAACACAGGCUACAGGAAAGUUCUGAAGAAUCGAGAUGCACUCUGGGCGCCCAGGGGGGCUCAGGGGUCAGCUCAGGCCGUGACCCCAGGGUCCUGGGAUCGAGUCCCACAUUGGGAUCCCCACAGGGAGCCUGGUUCUCCCUCUGUGUCUCUGCCUUUCUCUCUGGGUCUCUCAUGAACAAAUAAAAUCUUUAAAAGAACAGGAUGUGCUCACAAAGGCACCUUUGUCUACUUGCAUUUCUCAUUUCACUGCUGGAACUUUUACUGCAUGAACGUAAUUAAAAGUUAAUUUUAAUUCACACAUCAGAAAGAAAGUAAAAAUC